AUGUUUGCUCAACAACUGAAAGCAAUCGAUAACGAAAUCAAGGACGGGGUCGUUGCCGCUCUGAUUUUUGCUAGCCUUCCGGAUUUCUACAAGCCAUUAAUUAUGGCACUAGAGAACUGUGGAGCUGAUCUCACUACUGAUCUGAUCAAGGAACGUCUCUUAGCUGAAUCUGCGCGCUUUGAGAACGUUGGUAAGGAAACAGCUUUGUCUUCCAGAACACGUCCAUUUAAGAAGGGUAGUAGUAAGUUCCAUGGCAAAUUCUUUAACUGCGACAAAGUUGGCCAUCGAUCUGCAGAAUGUCGUGCUGCCAAGAAGUCCGUAAGAGAAAAAUCUGAAACUGGUUUAAUGUCACAAAGGCAGCUUAGUACUUCCACCGCACUCUGA